UCCAUCAGUAGACCAACACGGUUAUGAAGUUAUUCCCCCACGGACCCACCAAUGCACACUAUUAUUAUAUUUGCCCACACCGUUUGAUUAUCGUCACUGUCUGCUCGCCGGGAAUACCUAUCAAUUUCGAUUUCGACAACUUUCCCGUUCACCGCUCAUGACGGCUGUCUCCCGUGCAGUUCGGUGGUGUUCAGGUGUUAGGGGACACAAGGCACGACCACCUGCGGUAAUGCGGUCGGUCCAGUCGACGACCGAAUGUGGAACAGGCACGAUGCACCAACCGUAGGAAUGUAGAAAAAAGACCCACCAGCGAGAAAAGAACUGCCAACUGCGAACGGGACCGAACAGUGGACGUGUGUGAAAAAAGUUUUUCAAAAAGAGCUGUGUAGGAGUUCAAAAGGAUAGGAGUUCGGUGUUUGUGUCACCAGUGCCUCGCGUUCGUCAGUCUCUUCGAACUCAUCUGGUGGCGAGUUGACGGAUUCCAUUAGCUCCACGAUACCGCACAAUAUGUAUUGGACGGUUCACACGUACGGUGGUCCUAGACGAGUCAACCACGCAGCGGUCGCGAUCGGCACGAGCAUUUUCACAUUUGGUGGUUACUGCAGCGGUGUAGACUACAAAAAGUUCAAGCCGAUUGACAUACAUAUACUUGACACCGAAAAAUUGAAAUGGUGGAAACUGGAGCUAAAUAAUCAAGACUGCUCAUGUGUACCGUUCCAGAGGUAUGGCCACACAGCAAUUAAUCUUGGAUCUAAUAUUUAUCUGUGGGGCGGACGUAAUGAUAAUAGAGUUUGCAACACUCUGUACUGUUUUAACACAGAAACUCUAAAAUGGACAACACCAAGUGUAUAUGGAAAUAAACCUGAGCCGAGAGAUGGCCAUUCCGCAUGUAUCAUUCAAAACUGCAUGUACAUAUUUGGUGGAUUUGAAGAACGCUCAGGUCUGUUUGCUUCAGAUUUGUAUAUGUUGAACUUAAACUCCAUGGUAUGGAGUAUAAUCAAAACAAAGGGACGUCCUCCAUCUUAUAGAGAUUUUCAUACUGCCACUGCUAUUGAUAAUAAAAUGUAUAUAUUUGGUGGUCGUAGUGAUUGGGCAGCACCAAGACAAACUGAUAAAGAUAAAUAUUGUUCUGAUAUUUAUUAUUUAGAUACCUCUAGAAGACAGUGGAUACGUCCAAAAGUCCAUGGUGUUAAACCCAUAGCACGGCGUAGCCAUUCUGCAUUUGUGUAUAAUGGCCUUUUUUACAUCUUCGGCGGGUUUAACAAGAACAAGGACUUACAUUUUCAAGACAUAAAUCGAUAUGAUCCAGUGAGUUCCACCUGGAUGAAAAUAUUACCAAAGGGUACGCCACCGUGUGCUAGAAGAAGACAAAUUUGUCAAUUAGUUAAUGACAGGAUAUUUAUAUCUGGCGGUACUAGUCCGAUUUUUCCCAAACCAGUAAUAAUUACGAGACUUCAGGAUUAUGAUCUGGGUGGACCAAUGAAUGUUCCUUCGAAUCUCAAGGAUCAUGAUGACCUUCAUGUUUUAGAUCUGAAGCCCAGUCUAAAAGAUAUGUGUAUGGUGAAUGUGUGGGAGAAUAUGGAAGAAAUGAAAAUUGAUAAUAUAAACGACCUACACAUUCCGUUAUCAUUAAAGCAUGAUAUGGCUGCCUUUGAUCCUUUUGAAAUAAUGGAAACCGAGAUCAACAUGAUGCAGUCAUAUGAGGAAAAUUUUCCUGUUCUUUCGUUGUAGCUAACCAAAACAGAAAUGAAAAACGCACUGCACUCAUUACAACAUACAGCAUAUUUUAAACAUUGGUCUAAUAACCAACCUUUAAUAAUAUUAAAUCAUUAUUAAAACUAAAUAAUAACCUAACAUAAUAAGACAUACUUUAUUUAUUAAAGAUAAUAAGUAUUAUAAUAAGGAAUAUGUCUUGUUUUAAUUUAUAUUGUUGUUUUUUAUAACUAUGUUAGGUUAGAUAACUAAGGUAUAGAUACUAAUAUAAUAUAAUUGUUUGUUACAUUUCAUA